AUGUUGGAGGCACCCUCCCUGAAUUAUCCGCAAGACACCGUUCCGAAAGCUGUUCGGAGGAUACAAUCAGUGCCAUCAUUGCGACAUGAACUACCUUCCUCGGAAGAAUCGAUCCCAGACGAUUCGAUAUAUAAUGCCGACCCCGUCCAGUCGCGUGAAAAUCUAUCCUGGAUACCAGCAAUAGACCCGGCUGGCGGGCUGGACCUGCCAGCAUCUUUGAGCUUGCCCUUUGCGUCUCGGCUCCCUCUCAGCAGGCAUUCUACAUCACAUAGUAAUUGGCCAACGCCACAGCUCAACCCUAUCAUUGAACACAGAACGUCGCUCAAUUCGGUGAACCCUGCCAUGUCUCGGGCGGAUAGUAAGAGCAAGCAGCCUUCUAUCGAGUUAUACCAUCAACGCUCUUUUUCUGUGAACGACCUUGACUGCGUCAGGAGACGGGAUGCCAUACUAUGCAAAUCUACCAAUUCUACGAGCUCCGAAGAAAGUAUACAUACAGGUGGAUGGUGUUCUUUGUUCCCUAUAAAACCUCCAGCGUCACCACCACCCAGAGUUUCGACACCGCCAGGAAUACCUUCAUUCGGCACCGAGCAGGCGACAUUCCUGCGCUUGGUACAGCAGCAGCCGUCAAGCAGACUUUCAUUUUGGAAUCGCAUCUGGAGACGCAGUGUGGACGGCAGCGAUGAGCAAACAGUGGCAAGCCUCAACUCUGAAGGUUCCCCAAGGAUGUCGGCACAGAACCCGUCUAGUGGUCCUUCAAAUUCGGUCGAACUCUUUGAGCGAACUCUGGCUGCAAUAGGGAUGGCGACCAUUGUGGACCCUUCGCGCACAGGGCCUUCCUAUUCUCGGGCUUCCCUGCCUCGUGGAGUUUACAAGGCCAAUAUCCCCGGACCACUUGCUCGAGCUGAUGAUGGUACAUUGGUGCGAGGGAGAUUCGGACCUCGCGCCAGCGGGCAUGGCGUCGGUUCUCGCAAUCUUGAUUCGCACCCCUUGGGUCGAUUGAGAGAAUCAAGCGCGAUUCAACAGGCGAUGAGGGAGAUCGACAAAGCGUGCGAAAGGACCAAUCUUGAAAACGCCAUGCUUCAGAGCGGAUCCGGACUAUCACAUACUGUGCCAGGAGAAGGAUGGGCCAGCGAUGAAUCGCAGAUUCCGCCUGUGCAACUUCAUCCGACCAGUGAAACAGAAUUUGGCCCUCCAUUUCCCUCUCCAAACCUGAGAGGUAACUCGACGUACCGUUCAGGCAUCGCUCAUAAUCCCGUGCACCUAGAACGUCCGAUGCUUUCUCUUCUCAGCAUCGACAGUGCGUCUGGUGUCCCGCCGAAUGCGAGUGUUAUCGCAGUCCACGAGAGGAAUUGGACAAGUGGGAAGAAGCAAAGUGAUGUUGCGUUCCUUUAG